AUGCAGACGCCAGCACAGUCUAUCAUUCAUAGUGGCUACUUCCACCCAACACUCAGAUACUGGCAGACAUGUGCUACAGAUAUAAGACCUGAAAACUUAAUCUACCCAAUUUUCAUUACAGACAGUGCUGAUGCAGUUGAACCCAUUGGUAGCCUGCCUGGACAAGCCAGAUACGGGGUGAACAAGCUGGAGGGAAUGUUGCGGCCACUUGUAGAGAACGGCUUGAGAUGUGUGCUGGUCUUUGGGGUCCCUGCAAAUAUAGCAAAGGAUGAAAGAGGGUCAGGGGCAGACACUGAUGACACGCCAGCCGUGAUGGCCGUGAAGAAGAUCAGAUCCUUAUUCCCCGACCUGCUGGUGGCUUGUGACGUUUGCUUGUGUCCAUACACAUCACACGGUCAUUGUGGUAUCUUGAAUGAGGGUGGUUCUCUUAACAAUGAUGCUAGCUGUUUGAGACUGGCAGAAGUGGCACUGUCUUACGCCAAAGCUGGUUGUCAUAUAAUUGCUCCCUCUGAUAUGAUGGAUGGCAGAGUCGGGGCCAUAAAACAAGCGCUGCUUGCUAAUGGUUUAGGAAACAGGGUGUCAGUGCUAAGCUACAGUGCCAAAUUUGCCUCAUGUUAUUAUGGUCCUUUCAGAGAUGCUGCACAGUCCAAGCCAGCUUUUGGGGACAGGCGCUGCUACCAACUUCCUCCUGGAGCAAGAGGUCUUGCCAUUCGGGCUGUGGAACGAGAUGUAAAGGAGGGAGCUGAUAUGUUGAUGGUGAAACCAGGUCUGCCGUAUUUGGACGUUGUGAGAGAAGUCAAAGACAAGUUUCCCACUCAUCCCCUUGCUGUUUAUAAUGUGUCGGGGGAGUUUGCCAUGAUGUGGCACGGAGCGCAAGCUGGAGCCUUUGACUUAAAAGCCGCAGUGAUGGAAGCUAUGACCGGUUUCCGCAGAGCAGGUGCUGACAUUAUCAUUACCUACUACACCCCUCAGUUGCUCAACUGGCUGAAAGAAUGA